ACGAUGGCAAUAAAACGAGCUCAAGCUGGUUUAGCAAAUGCUGCUAAAACAACAUUUGGUGAUGAGGAAUUGAAAAUGCACGUUUACAAGAAAACAUUGCAAGCAUUAAUUUAUCCAAUCAGCUGUACAACACCUCAUAAUUUUCAAUUGACAAAUUUUCAAACUCCAACAUGGUGCCAUGAAUGUGAAGGAUUGCUGUGGGGUUUGGCCAGACAAGGCUUGAAAUGUGCAGAAUGUGGCGUUAAAGUGCAUGAUAAAUGUCGCGAUCUAAUAAGUGCCGAUUGUUUGCAAAGGGCAGCAGAAAAAAGCUCAAAGCAUGGUGAAGGAAAUCGAACACAGAAUCUGAUGGGAGUAAUCCGUGAAAGGAUGAAAAUGCAGGAGAGGAAUAAGCCUGAAAUCUUCGAAACUGUUAGGAUUAUAUUCAAUGUUGAUUCGGCAACACAGGAGGAAUCACUAAAACAGGUGAAGGCAAGUAUUCUCGAAGGAAGCUCCAAAUGGAGCGCUAAAAUUGCUCUUACUGUGAUAUGUGCUCAGGGUUUAAUAGCCAAAGAUAAAACGGGUAAAAGUGAUCCGUACGUUACCGCUCAGGUAGGUAAAAUGAAGAAACGUACACGCACGAUACAUCAGGAAUUGAAUCCAAUAUGGAAUGAAAAAUUUUUCUUGUAA